AUGGAACCCUCAGGAGCGUUCACGGAGGACCCCGUAAGCCCCAAGGAGGGGCCUUCCCCAAGUGGACCGGAGCCCUCUGUGCGUCCCGAGUCCUCACAGUCCUUGGUGAGGGGCUUGCAAAGGCUGACUCUGAACCCGAGGCCCCACGUUCCAGCCCCUCAAGUUCCAGUUCCCCCAAGUUCCAGUCCUAGCCCCCCGGCACAAGGAGACGUAGGCGCCCACCACAGACCAGAACCCAAUACCUGCUUCAACUCGCCAGGAUCCCCAGAACCCCCAGCUUCAGGGAGAGUGCGGCGCCUGAGAUUCACCAUAGAGAUGGUUAGUAAAAGGAAGCGGAAAGAACUUCAGGCCACUCUGGUAAACUGGGAUGAAGGUCAGCCGUUCAAAUGUACCUGCUCUUUCUGCUUGGAGAAUAAUUGGGAUCCUUCAGAAAAUGCAAGAAUAGGGAUGGAUUAUGAGGGAGAGCUCAACUAUUAG